GUGUCGCCUAGGAGACGGGCGGAAGUGCCAGGGGAAGCGGAAGUGCUGGGGAUGCGGCACUUGGGGGACGUGUCGCUGGUGCUGGUGGCGCUGCGUGCGGGGCUGGCGCUGCUGGUGGUGUCCUUCCCGCGGGAGAAGCCCCCGGUGCGCGACCCGGGCGAGUGGGGCCCGCAUGUCUGCCCCUCCGGCAGGGAAGGCCUCGGCGUCGGAGGCAGGAAGGCCCAGGCCUCGCGGUAUGCUGAAGCUCUACUAUGGCCUCCCCGAGAAGACGAACCUGGAGAAGCCGGAGGAGCAGGAGCAGAGCCCCGAGCAGACGGCCCUGCUGGGCCUGGAGGGAGGGCCCACAGACAUCAACGGGCCCCACUUCGACCCCGAGGCCUUCCUCACCAAGCUGCGUCGGGAGUGCCCGCUGUCUCAGCUGAUGGACUGCGAGACUGACAUGGUGAAGCAGAUCCGGGCCCUGGACUCCGACAUGCAGACCCUGGUCUACGAGAACUACAACAAGUUCAUCUCCGCCACCGACACAAUCCGCAAGAUGAAGAACGACUUCAAGAAGAUGGAGGACGAGAUGGACUGCCUGGCCACCAACAUGGCCGUCAUCACCGAGUUCAGCGCCAGCAUCAGCAGCACUCUCCAGGACCAGCACGAGCAAAUCACCAAGCUCUCCGGGGUGCACGCGCUGCUGCGCAAGCUGCAGUUCCUGUUUGAGCUUCCCAGCCGCCUGACCAAGUGCCUGGAGCUGGAGGCCUACGGGCAGGCGGUGCGCUACCACAGCAAGGCCCGCUCCGUCCUGCACCAGUACCGCCACAUGCCCUCCUUCCGCGGCAUCCAGGACGACUGCAACAAGAUCAUGGCCGGGCUCGCCCUCCAGCUGCGCCAGAGGUUCCGGGAGGGGGGCUCCGGGGCCAAAGACUUGGCCGAAUGCGUGGAGCUGCUCUUGCUGCUGGGCGAACCGGCGGAGGAGCUGUGCGCGGAGUUCCUGUCCCAGGCGGGCGUCCGCUUGGAGGAGGAGCUGGAGGCCUUGGAGGCCGAAGUGGGCGGUGGCGGCCCUGGGGGUGUCGGGGCCCCUCCUCCGUCGGACAUCCUGGAGUUCACGGACCGGGGCUGCAGCCGCUUUGUGGGCAACCUGUGCCUGGUGGCGGCCUCCUACCAGGCGCUGUUUGCCUCGCGGGAGGGGGCCCCCACGGCCCGGCACCAGCUGGCCACCUUCGUGGACGGGCUGCUGGCCCGCUACUUCGCCCUGGUGGAGCGCCGCCUGCGCCGGGAGACGGGCCUGGGAGACAACUCGCUCCUGGUGCGCGCCCUGGACCGCUUCCACCGCCGGCUGCAGGCCCUGGCCCAGCUGGUGCCCGAGUCCCGCCUGGCCGCCGCCGAGGCCGAGGGCAGCGAGAUCGUGGCGCGGGCGGCCCGGGAGCGCACCGGCCAGUACCUGCAGGCCCUGCGGGGCUUCUUUGGGGAGUGCCUGACCGACGUGCGGCAGGCCCUGGCCGCCCCGCUGCCCCGGCCCCUGGGCAAGGAGGGCCCCGGCCUGGCUGAGCUGCUGGCCUCCCUCUCGGCCGCCCUGCUCAACCAGGUCAAGGCCAUCCUCUCCUACGUCCACCUCUUCACCGCCAAGGACAUCACCUUCGCCAGCCAGCCCUACUUCAAGGGGGCGUUCUGCAGCCAGGGAGUGCGCGAAGGGCUGGUGGUGGCCUUCCUGCGCUCACUGUGCCAGGCGGCGGUGGGCUUCUGCGAGGGCGGGGCUGCGGGGGGCGAGCGGGGGGGCGGCUGCACCCCUCCGGCCCUCCUGCUCCUCCUCUCCCGACUCUGCCUGGACUAUGAGGCCUCCACCAUCAGCUACAUCCUCACCCUCACUGACGAACAGUUCCUGGUCCAGGACCACUCGCCAGUGACCCCGGUGACGGCCCUUUGUGCCGAGGCACGCGAAGCCGCCCAGAAGCUGCUGAACCACUACGUGAAAGUUCAAGGCCUGGUGGUCUCCCAGAUGCUGCGCAAGAGCGUGGAGACGCGGGACUGGGUGGCCACCAUCGAGCCCCGCAAUGUCCGGGCCGUCAUGAAGCGCGUGGUGGAGGAUGCCACCGCCAUCGACGUCCAGGUGGGUCUCCUCUACGAGGAAGGGGUCCGCAAGGCGCAGAGCAGCGACUCCAGCAAGAGGACCUUCUCCGUCUACAGCAGUUCCCGGCAGCAGAGUCGCUAUGCUCCCAGCUACACCCCCAGUGCCCCCAUGGACACCAACCUGCUCAGCAACAUCCAGAAGCUCUUCUCGGAGCGCAUCGACAUCUUCAGCCCUGUGGAGUUCAACAAGGUCUCGGUCCUGACGGGGAUCAUCAAGAUCAGCCUGAAGACCUUCCUGGAGUGCGUGCGCCUGCGCACCUUUGGCCGCUUCGGCCUUCAGCAGAUCCAGGUGGAUUGUUACUACCUGCAGCUCUACCUGUGGCGCUUCGUCUCGGACGAGAACCUGGUCCACUUCCUGCUGGACGAGAUCGUGGGCAGCGCGGCCCACCGGUGCCUGGACCCCGUCCCCAUGGAGCAGAGCGUCAUCGAGGUCAUCUGCGAGCGCGGGUAGCCCCUACUCCUCCUCUCCUCCAUUUCCUUCCCUUCCUCCUCCUCGUCUUCUCGCCUCCUCCGUUGGAGUCUUCCAGUAAGCGUGGCACAAAUAAAGCAUAAUUUAACUUCA